AAAGGGCGGUAGCUGGGCUCUGUCCCCCCACGUAGAAGCAACUUUUUGGCUCCUUCUCCAAUUUCUGUCUCGUUCUACUGCUUGCUGCCUCCUCUUCAGCCUCCACCAUGUCCAUCAGGGUAACCCAGAAAUCCUACAAGGUGUCCACCUCUGGCCCCCGGGCCUUCAGCAGCCGUUCUUACUCAAGCGGACCUGUCUCCCGAAUCAGCUCCUCCUCGUCCUUCUCCCGAGUGGGCAGCAGCAGUAGCAGCUACCGGGGUGGCCUGGGCGCUAGCAUGGGUCUGUCCAGGAGCUAUAGCGGGGUAGGAGGUAUGGGGGGCAUCACGGCCGUCACGGUGAACCAGAGCCUGCUGAACCCCGUUAAGCGGGAAAUGGACCCCAACUUCCAGGCCGUACGCACCCAGGAAAAGGAGCAGAUCAAGACCCUGAACAACAAGUUUGCCUCCUUCAUCGACAAGGUGCGGUUCCUGGAGCAGCAGAACAAGAUGCUGGAGACCAAGUGGAGCCUUCUGCAGCAGCAGAAGACCUCUAGGAGCAACAUGGACAACAUGUUUGAGAGCUACAUCAACAACCUGAGGCGGCAGCUGGACAUGCUGAGUCAGGAGAAGUUGAAGUUGGAGGCAGAGCUGGGCAACAUGCAGGGGCUGGUGGAGGACUUCAAGAAUAAGUACGAGGAUGAGAUCAAUAAGCGAACAGAGAUGGAGAAUGAUUUUGUCCUCAUCAAGAAGGAUGUGGAUGAAGCUUAUAUGAACAAGGUAGAGCUGGAGUCCCGCCUGGAAGGGCUGACCGAUGAGAUGAACUUUCUCCGGCAGCUGAAUGCUGAGGAGCUUCGUGAGAUGCAGGCCCAGAUUUCGGACACAUCCGUGGUGCUAUCCAUGGACAAUAGCCGUUCCCUGGACAUGGACAGCAUCAUUGCUGAGGUCAAGGCCCAGUAUGAGGAGAUCGCUAACCGAAGCCGGGCUGAGGCUGAAAGCAUAUACCAGAUCAAGUAUGAGGAGCUGCAGACACUGGCUGGCAAGCAUGGGGGUGAACUUCGUCGUACAAAGACUGAGAUUUCUGAGAUGAACCGAACUAUCAGCCGGAUCCAGGCUGAGAUUGAUGCCCUCAAAGGCCAGAGAGCUUCCCUGGAGGCUGCCAUUGCUGAUGCUGAGCAGCGUGGAGAGCUGGCCAUUAAGGAUGCCAACAACAAGGUGACGGAGCUGGAGGUUGCCCUGCGUCGAGCCAAGCAGGACAUGACGCAGCAACUGCGGGAGUACCAGGAGCUGAUGAACAUCAAGCUGGCCUUGGAUAUCGAGAUCGCCACCUACCGCAAGCUGCUGGAGGGCGAGGAGAGCCGGCUGGAGUCUGGGAUGCAGAACAUGAGUAUUCAUACAAAGACCACCAGUGGCUACUCUGGUGCGCUGAGCUCGACUUACGGGGGUCUCACAAGCCCCAGUGCCAACUAUGGCCUGAGCUCCUUCCAGUCCAGCUUUGGCUCUGGCGGGGGUUCCAGCUCCUUUAGCCGCACCAGCUCCACCAAGGCUGUGGUUGUAAAGAAGAUCGAGACCCGUGACAGGAAGCUGGAGUCCGAAUCUUCUGAUGUCCUGCCCAAGUGAAUGGCCACUGUGGUCCUCCCAGCCCAUACCUGCCCCUGACC